CCUCGUAUAUUUCCGUUAUUUUUGUAUAACUUUUUAACGUUGCCGUUAUUUUUUUACAGUUUAUUUAUUUACAAGUUGAAACUUGAGAAAGCUGCUAUUAUAAAAAUAAUAAGCACUUAUAAAAAAACUGCAUGCGGGUUGUACUUCUUUUAAAAUUUGUAUAGCAGCCGAGGGAGGCAUGCGAGAGUGUUUCGCCUAAAAGUAUCCACGAUUGGAUCAUUGGUCGGUUGACAGUUUUGCACAGUUUUUGCUUUGCACAGAAGAGUCGCCACGAUGGACGAGGACGAUGUUUCGAGGAAUGGUUACAAAUCGCUAUUCAUUCAGUGGCUGACGGAAUGGAAAGAAGAUGCUGCCAAAACCCAGAACAAAAUGCAGUAUUGCUAUGCCAACGCGUUGCGAUCGAUUAAAAAUUAUCCGUUAGCACUGUAUGAUGGCUAUGCCUGUCAGCCUUUGAAGAAUUUCGGGCCUACGACGUGUAAGAAAUUGGAAAAGAAAUUAACUGCCUACCUGAAAGAAAAUAAAAUAACAAGAAUAUCUCCGCCUGAUCCGUUUUUGGCUGCCAUAUCCGGUGGCUCAUCCGGUUCGGUGCCAUCUGUUCGUCGCGCCAGUCCUUCCAAGUUUCCCAGCAAACGUGGCGGAAAGCCGAAGAAUGCCGACGUCAACAGCGGAAAAUCUCCGACAAAGCGUGCCAAUCGUAAACGCAAAUCCGAUCAGAUGGAGCAGGACGAGAGCGCCGAUAUCCUGGGUGACUUACCACCUCCCCGGCCGAAAAAGGCCAGAGCGCCGAAAUCCAAGUCAACGGACACCAUCACCCUCUCGUCCCUCUCUAGUGUCCCCUCCACCGGUUCGGGAAGCGGUAUUCGGCCGGUGUCAUCCAGCUCCGUGGUUGCGAUGAGCACGGCGCGGAUGGUGACCACCACGGUUAGAAGCCAACCGAUCUUGACGAUCGGGGGCGGCGGUGGAUGUGUGGUUAGGACGUUUUCCUCGUCCAGCGUGGAGAGCAUUCAACAAGUGGGAAAGCAGCGCUCCGCCAGCAGUGUACAGGACCGCGGUGUGGAGGAAGAACGGUUUGCACUCACUCCGGGGACAUUUGAUGUGAUGUUGUGCGUGGAUAAUCAGGAGAUACAUGGAAAUGGAUGUGUGCGAUCAAAAACAGACGUGAUUCUGGAGCUGAAGAAACACGGCGUCGCUUUCGAUGUGCGCAACUUAAAAGUAGGCGACUUCCUUUGGGUUGCCCGCGAGAAAUCGCACCUAGCAGUGGGAAGAAAGCCCCAUGAACUGGUUUUGGAUUUUAUUGCGGAACGGAAGCGUGGCGAUGAUCUGGCAGUUAGUAUCAAGGAUGGACGGUACACCGAUCAGAAGUAUCGAAUGAAAGAAACCACCAUCAAGCGCGUUAUCUAUAUCAUCGAGGACUGUAGCCGUUUUAUGAACAAAGGGUUACCGGAUCAGGCGCUGAUCCAGGCGCUGGCUAACAUCAAAGUUCAGGAUGGAUUUGUUGUGCAAGAGACGGAAAAUUUGAGAGCAACCGUGGAGUAUUUACUACGAAUGACGCGAUAUCUGGAACGAAUCUAUUCGGUUAAGACGCUUCGAAGUACAACUUUCGCCGAGCGGUGGGAGAACGUUGUUGAUCUGGAUCUGAGCAGUGCUCAACAGGAACUGCUAAGCUUUGCAGGAUUUUCUUCUGUAGCGAAGCCGAAUCAGGCUAAGACAGUGUCCCAAACGUUUCUCAUGCAAUUAUUGGCAUUGGAUGGAAUGUCGCCAGCUAAAGCUUCUGCUGUCGUUUCCGUUUAUCCCACCAUCAGAGCAUUAAUUGCUGCAUACGACGCUUGUUUGACGCAGGACCAAAAAGAGACGAUGUUGAAAGAUGUCAAAUUUGGACUAGGAAUGAGAACGAUUGGACUUAUAUUGAGCAAAAAGGUAUGCCGACUGUAUUGCACGGAAGAAAGUUUCCGGAUCUGAGAAAGUGGAAACCGAUUUGUAUCAAGGCUGUCCAAAAUUUUGCGUUUUCUGUUCUUGUGUUGUAACAGACUCUGGCGAGGAGAUCACGAGUGAUGCUUUAUUGACAAAUAAAGGGAACAAUGCUGCGUAAUAGCAGGAAAAGCAAGAACAAAGCACUGAUGGCUAAAAAAACAAGUGGUUGCUAACAGGGUUCUUGAGCGUCUGAUGGCGUGAAAGGAAUGCUGGCGGCAACCACGUGCUGUGUGCCAUCAGCUGUGUGAUGAUGCGCAGACUGGACUCAAUCCAACGCGAGCGUAUGAACGCUGAGUAGUACUGCGAGAGAGGAACGAGAGAGCAAGUACUGCUCAGUGUGUGCGCCGCGUAUAUCCGCUUCAGCGGAUGAGUGCAGUGCAGCAGCACACGUACGUACAGCGAGAGAGGCGAUAACGGCAUGCAAUGGGUGCAAGUACGUCCUAUGUGGACCGUACGCACCAGGCGCAGUCGUACGCCUCUGACAUGCCUCUGGGCGGGAAUCCGAGCUCCUGCGAAGGAUGCUCCGACUCGGUACCGCACCAGUACCGCACAACUCUCCGGUUGGACCCACGUGGGGUCGCCGGUACGCGUCCUCUGGCAGUGGGAGUCCGGUGUCUGGUCGACCGUCCCUUCUUCACUUCCGAACCCAUGAGUGGAAGCCACUCACGGCCGAGAAAUCCGGAAGCCGCUCGG